AUGAAUAGGCCUUCUUCGCAGGAUCGUCAUGAGGCUCUCCUGCAAUCGCGGACCUCCGGUCAGAUUUUUUGGAGAAGGCUUCGUCACUCGAUAAGCUCGAACCGAUCACCAGCGCAGGCGUUGGCGUUGGCGGGAGAUAGUCCGGGCGGAGAUAGUAUUGGUACCGACAUGAAAGCUAUCGUGAUAGCAAACUCUGCAGGCCCGCUCCGUUGGGUUGUCUCCCUCCCCCCUCCCCCUCCCCCUUCUCCGUCUCGCCCCCUGGCCGCCGAAGCCCAGGCCACUGUUACCACCGUCCAGCAAUCUGGCCGUGCUGCCCGGGGCCUUGAACGCUGGCUCAAGCGCCAAUUCGGGUGGGAGUGA